AUGGGCAGCAUUGAUUGCAUGCAUUGGGAGUGGAAAAACUGCCCGGUGGCGUGGAAAGGCCAGUUCACUACCGGUUUCAAGCAGAAACAUCCGUCGAUGAUCCUCGAAGCCGUUGCUGACUACCGUUUGCGGAUCCGGCAUGCGUAUUUCGGUGUUGCAGGUUCGAACAACAAAGAUCAACGUUCUGCGCAGUCGUCACCUAUCUUCAAUGAUGAGUGCCGGGGAGAGGGUCCAGAGAUCAGUUUUGUAGCAAAUGGCACGCAGUAUCGCAUGGGAUACUAUUUGGCAGAUGGAAUAUACCCUCGUUGGCCCGUAUUCGCCAAGACACUUCGCCAACCGGCUGGAGCGAAGAGACAAUAUUUUGCGCGAAAACAAGAGGCCGCUAGGAAAGAUGUUGAGCGAGCUUUUGAAGAUGAAGGAUUUGCUGCAGAACGUUGGGCGCCGGAAGAUGGUGCAAGUACAAGUCACGGCGUUGCCUCCACGCCGAUACAGAUGGGUGUACCACGUAGUAAUGAAUAUCUGAUCCAACGUUUCGCUGAUAUACGCAGGAGCACAACACAUGACCAACUCCAGGUCGAUUUGAUUGAAGAGGUCUAG